CGAUGAAACAAAACAAAGUGUGGAGAACAGACAAAUGAAUUCAAUGGGUUUACUUCAUUGAAAUUGUGCUUGUAUAAUUUCAUUUUGCCUUAAAAUCCACGUUAAACCAUUUUGGACCAAAGGAUUACCAACAUUUCCACCAUUUUGUGCCAGUAAUACCAUGCAGCAGAGAUAGCAUUCACAAGCAAAUAAAGGGUGACAAUGGGCUGUAACUGCAGCACAGACUAUGAUGACGAUAACUGGAUUGAGGAUAUGUGUGAGCAAUGCAAACUGGAAUAUGAACGAGAGCAGAAGCAAUAUCAGCAACAAAACUAUCCCGAAAUACGUGAUCCCCUGGUGUCCUAUGAAAUUCACGCUCCACCAACUUCCCCCUUUAUAGCUGAUGAUAUAUUUGUCGCCCUGUACAACUAUGAACGAACCCACCAGGAUGACCUAGAUUUCAAAGAAGGAGACCAGUUGAAAGUUCUCAAACGGGAGGGGGACUGGUGGAAAGCCCAGUCUCUGGUGACAGGACAAGAAGGAUACAUUCCAUUCAAUUUUGUGGCACGAGCACACACACUCGAGAUUGAACCAUGGUUCUUUAAAGAUUUAAGCCGGAAAGAGGCGGAACGACAACUUCUAACAGCUGGCAACACACAAGGCUCCUAUCUAAUUCGAGAGAGUGAGACCACUAAGGGUUCUUAUUCACUGUCUGUGAGGGACUUUGAUUCACAACAAGGAGACGUGGUGAAGCACUAUAAGAUUCGCUCUUUAGAUAAGGGAGGCUAUUACAUAUCUCCCCGGAUAACCUUCAAUAAUCUUCAUGAGCUGGUGAACCAUUAUUCAUAUAAUACUGAUGGUUUAUGUCAAUGUUUGAAGAAGCCUUGCCAGACUCAAAAACCACAGAAGCCAUGGUGGCAUGAUGAAUGGGAGGUCUCACGAGAGUCACUGAAACUGGUGCAGAAGUUGGGUUCAGGACAGUUUGGAGAAGUUUGGAUGGGUUACUAUAAUGACUACACCAAAGUUGCCAUUAAAUGUUUGAAGACUGGGAGCAUGUCUCCUGAGGCUUUCUUAGCAGAGGCCAACUUAAUGAAGACUCUGCAACAUCAUAAGCUGGUGAAGCUCAAUGCUGUGGUCACUGAGGAACCAAUUUAUAUCAUCACAGAAUAUAUGGCAAACGGUAGUUUAGUGGAUUUUCUGAAGACAUCUGUAGGGUCAAAACUCAGCAUAAUUAAGCUCAUUGACAUGGCAGCACAGAUUGCCGAGGGAAUGGCCUUUAUCGAGAGGAAAAACUAUAUCCAUCGAGAUCUGCGUGCAGCAAAUAUCCUGGUUUCUGAGGAUCUCUGCUGCAAGAUCGCUGACUUUGGCCUUGCCCGUCUUAUUGAAGACAAUGAAUACACAGCCAGAGAGGGAGCUAAAUUCCCCAUCAAAUGGACGGCACCAGAAGCCAUCAACUAUGGCACAUUCACCAUCAAAUCAGAUGUUUGGAGUUUUGGAGUUCUGCUUACAGAGAUUGUGACAUAUGGACGGAUACCAUAUCCCGGAAUGACCAACCCUGAAGUCAUUCAGAAUUUGGAGCAGGGUUAUCGAAUGCCAGCCCCUGAUAACUGUACCCAAGAACUUUAUGAAGUAAUGAUGCGUUGCUGGAGAGAGAAACCCGAAGAUCGGCCAACAUUUGAAUUUCUGCAAAGUGUACUGGAGGAUUUCUUCACAGCCACUGAAUCUCAAUACCAGCAACAGCCUUAACAGUACCUUGUACCCUGGAGCCGUAAACAUUGUUUGGGAAUAGAAACUCUGAAAUAAUUUCUUGAGAGCUACUGGAAUUGGGUGGAGUGGGUGGGAUAAACUUCGGUUCGUAACUUGGUUGCCCAACUAAAAUACUGAUUGGCCAAGGGAAUCUUGGAGUGGCCAUUUUAUCUGGAAGUGAUAAUUGACUGUGGUUUCGAUAUUAUUCCCAACUGCACCAUAGGCACUUAGGGAAAAAAAAAGUGUGAACCGAUUUUUUUUUCAUUGAGACAAGAGGUUAGAAAUUUCCUCAGAUCUGCUCCCACUCAGGUGGAUAACUUCACGGAACUGUGGUGGACGUGCCGCUUAUGUGUGUAAUUGGGAUUUCCGUCACACUUCUGGAGUGUGCACAGCUCUGAGGAAACUCCUACCCGUCCUCUCGUUGAAUGGGUUUAUUAGAAAUGAAUUGCACCAAAUUGGAUCUUUUUAAAGAUUUGUUCAGAGUUCAAUUGCAUAUUUUUCAUCUAACAAUACCAGAGUUAAAAUUCAAACUUAUCAAACACAAUCGGGAUGCUGAUUAAUUGCGUGAAAUGUGUCUUGGAUUUACAGUACAACCUGUUGAAUAUUAAGAUCCUAUUGCAAAGUAUCGAGUAGAUAAAGGAUGUGCUUCUAGAGGUUUAUCACCCAAUUGUCUGACUUGUAGGUACCAUAAUAAAGUACUUGUCUUAUUGCAAUUA